AUGCAGCCCCGAAAGUUUUUGAACGGGCCGGAGCCGUUGAAGGGCCCCAACGUACCUUACAAGAAUGAAGACAAAAAGAAUCCGCCUCUGAGAGGCCUUGUCCUCGUGGUUGCAGCAUAUCUCAUGGAAUACUUCCGGUUCAUCCGGGAACUGAUCUGGCGCAACACUGGGUUCAACUCACUCAGGGACAUCAUACCGUACAUCGAGGAGUAUGAGCCCUGGUACGAGCCGCAGAUCGUCCCGGCGGCCGAGAAAGCCGCAACGGAAGCUCCAGAUGCGGAAGCAGAAGCGGAAGUCGAGGAACCACCGGCUUCCAUGACCCGUUUCCCCAAGGCCAAAUACUACUCUGUAGCCGACUACCGCAAGCUCUACCUCUCCGGCGCCCUCACCCCAACCGAAGUGGCCGAGACACUACUCCCCCUCAUCCGCCGGGACGUGCCCAACCCAACGCAGCACUCCAAAGCGUUCUUCGACACCCGCGUCGACAAGGUGCUCGCCGCUGCGCGCGCCUCUACCGAGCGCUACAAGGCCGGACAAUCUCUCGGACCCCUCGACGGCGUGCCAACAGCUGUCAAAGACGAAUACGAUCUCGAAGGCUACCGCACCACCCUCGGCUCGCGCAACACCUAUUGCACCCCAGAUGACGGCCACGAAACGACCUGGUGCGCUGCGCGCCUCGAGGCCACGGGCGCCGUCAACUUGGGUAAACUCUCGAUGCACGAGUUCGGUCUCGACACCACGGGCAACAACCCAAUCCACGGUACACCACGCAACCCGCAUAAUAGCGGGUACUACACCGGCGGGUCAUCGUCGGGUACGGCGUAUGCCGUCAGCGCGGGGUUGAUCCCGAUCGGACUCGGCAGUGACGGGGGCGGUAGCGUGCGGAUUCCGGCAAGUUUGUGUGGUGUGUUUGGCAUCAAGCCGACACAUGGCCGGCUGUCGUUUCGCCCGGGACCGAACCAUUGUAUUACGUGCGCGUGUCUGGGCCCCUUGGCGGGUGAUAUGGCUUCCCUGGCGGCAGUGUUUUCGGUCGUUGCGGCGCCACACCCAUCGUCGCCUUUUCCGCCGUUGCCUACUCCCCUCACGCUGCGUAUGCCCUCCGCCGACAGCAAGCCAGCAACGCCCCUCGGCAUCCCGCAUGACUGGAUUACGCGCUCUACGCCUGCGAUCCAGACCCUGUUCCAUACUUUCAUACGCCAACUCUUGUCCUUCCCGAACACCAAUUACACCCUCGUCCCCGUCAGCAUCCCCUUCCUGCGCGAAGGCCAGAUUGCCCACGCCAUGACCGUGCUCACCGACGCUGCGGCCUUGUUGCCCUCCUCUCGCGGUCUGACGGCUGCGAACCGUGUGCUCCUCUGCCUCGGGCGGACGACGCCCGCGUCGGAUUAUCUGCUCGCACAGAAACUCAGGAGACUGUUGAUGCAGCACCUGGCAUGGCUGUGGAAGGAGCACCCGGGAAUGGUUCUGCUGACCCCGACGACGGCUUGUGAAGGGCUACCCAUUGCUAGCAGCGGGGACAACUCUGGGGAGAUGCGGUGGGGAGUAAACGAUGGAGAUCGCACGAUGCAGAGCAUGGAAUAUGUCUGGUUGGCUAACUUUUGCGGGUUACCGUCUCUGAGUGUGCCGAUGGGGUUUGUGCAGGCGAAGGGCAAAAGGAAGGCCAAGAGCGAAGAAGGCGAUAUUCCAGUUGGGCUGAUGGCGACCGGGGAGUGGUGCUCGGAAGAGGCGCUGCUGCAGCUGGGCUUGGUGAUGGAAGAGGUCGGGGGCGAGCGGAGGAGGAGGCCGAACUCAUGGGUUGAUGUCAUGGGGGAUGCGAAAAAGGGAGGACAGCGGGGGAAUUGA